ACUGCUCGCGAAAUGGUCAUCAGGUGUAGAGUGAACCGCAACCGGCAUUAUCGUUGGUAUGCCAUCGUAGGGCUGCUGCUCAGCUUAGCGCUGGGUAUUGCUUCGAGUGUUAGCCCUCUGCCUGAACUAGCGGCCUGGGAUACGCUAUCAGCCAUCCACGGGGGAUCAACGGAGACCAGCUUUGUCCCGGCGGCCGAGAUCGAUCAAUCGUACUUCCUUCCGAACAACUCGAUCCCCACACACUACUCGAUCGCACUGGAAACGGAUAUUCAUCAAAAUGUGCGAACGUUCCGUGCGACCACCUGGGUGUACCUGACGAUCCUCGAACCAUCCGAUCGCGUAACGAUGCAUCUGCAGGAGCUCACGAUAGAGGAGGCGCGACUGUACCGGCUGCCGAGCUCCGGUGGACAACCGAUCGAGAUCGAUCAACCGGCGCGCAUCCUCAAUAUCGCACUCGAGCACGUCACCUUCCGCACUGCCUCACCACUUCCCACCGGGAACUAUGCGCUUCGCAUCGUGUAUACGGGCAUCAUGCUCAACUACCAAAGCGGUUACCUUGCUUCGCAAUACCGGAACGAGCAGGAUCAAUGGCGCUACGUCGGAUCGACCCACUUUCAGGCGACGCACGCACGCCGCCUGUUACCGUGCUACGAUGAACCGGCCCUAAAAGCGACGUUCGAUUUACAGAUUCGACAUCACCGGGAGUACACGGCAAUUGCCAAUAUGCCCCGUGUGUCCAGAGAUAUCGAUCCGGCCAACCGCGAGUACAUGAUCACGGUCUUCGAGAAGACACCGCGUAUGUCCACCUAUCUGCUGGCGUUUGCCGUUACCGACUUCGCCACCCGAGAGAACGGAAAACACCAGGUGGUGGCGCGUUCCAAUGCCAUUAACGAUGCGGACUAUGCGCUCCAGGUUGGAGCAACGUUACUGGAGCGCCUCGAGGACUAUCUCGGUGUGCCGUAUUACGAUUACAUGCCAAAGUUGACGUCCAUCGCCAUUCCUGACCGGGGCACAGGUGCCAUGGAGAACUGGGGCCUAGUUACGUACGGGGAACCGGUAAUGCUCUACAAUCCGGCCGUAAAUACCUACCGCAAUCGGAAAGACGUCACCACGAUCAUUGCGCACGAGUACGCCCAUCAGUGGUUCGGAGAUCUGGUCAGCCCACUCUGGUGGCAGUACAUCUGGCUGAACGAGGGGUUUGCCACCCUGUUCCAGUACUACGCCACACGGUUGGCUGUACCGGGCGACGAGUACUGGGAGCUGUUCAACGGGGAAGUCAUCCAGCGGGCAUUCCAGGAUGAUGCCAGCGAAACCAUUCACUCCAUGAACGAGAAUGCGGCCACACCGCAAGCGAUACUCGGCCUUUUUGACUCGAUUGCCUACAAAAAAGCGGGCAGUGUGCUGAACAUGUUCCGUAAUGUCCUUGGAGAGUCCAGCUGGCGGGAAGGAUUGAAACAAUACCUAACAGACUACGAACUGACCGUGGCAAGCGAGGAUACGCUCAGCUUUUAUCUGCAGCAAGCGGCACAGGCCAUCGACAUACUGCCCCAAGGCGUGAAGGUGCAAGAACUGCUAGCAUCGUGGACCAACGCUCCCGGCUUUCCGUUGCUUACCGUCACUCGACUUUACCGGGAUGGCUCGAUGAUUCUGUCCCAGAAUCGUUUCAUGAACGGGAAAGUGCUACCGAUUGAGCACGUCUGGCACAUUCCGUACAACUAUGCGUACGAAUCGUCAGCCUCAUUUUACGAUCUGUCCCAUUACGACUGGUUGGCGACACCGGCGGCCAAAAUCGCAACCCCUGUCCCCGACACCGAGUGGGUUGUGUUCAACAAGCAGCAGACGGGCUACUAUCGCGUAAACUACGAUCGUCGCAAUUGGGAUCUGUUGAUCGAGGCGCUGCACGCGAACCACAUUGCCAUCCAUCGUCUGAACCGUGCCCAGCUCAUCGACGAUGCGUUCCAUCUGGCCCGGGCUGACCUGCUCGACAUGAGUGUCGUCCUGCGGCUGUUGCGCUAUCUUCGCAAAGAGCGUGACUACGCACCGUGGCAGGCUGCCGAUCAAGUGUUGACGCUGCUGUACGAACAGCUACACGGUACGGAGCACGAGCAUGCGUUCCUCGUCUUCAUGGACGAGCUCAUCGAGGAGGUGUACGGUACGCUGUCCGUCGACACGGUUAAUCCCGGUGAAUCGACGCUCUACAAAUAUCUGAAACAGCUCAUCACGGGAUGGGCAUGCCGGAUCGGUUACAAGGUUUGUCUGGAGCGUUCCCGGGAAGCACUGCGAAACGAGUACAGCAUCCCGACCGCGGGCCAAACUGCCGUUCCCGUGCAUCCCGAUGUGCGUGCCGUUGUUUACUGCCAUGGGCUGCAGGAGGACACCGAACCGGAAUUCCAGGCCAUCUAUCUCCGGCUGAUGAAUUCACGCAAUCAGGCCGAGCGUACAGAUCUUUUGAGAGCACUCGGUUGCUCCCAGAAUGCAAACAGCAUCCGCACGCUGUUGGCAACGAUAAUGUUAAGUGCAGGUCCUGGCACCAACUUUAUCUAUCUCAGUGAAGAGCGAGCUCAACUGUUGAACGCGGUUACAGCUGGCACCACCGGUGUCGGGAUUGCCACUUUUGUGGAUGUGCUCAACGAUGCGGUUACGCUGCAAACGACAAUCAGCAUCGCCGGAGCUGGAGCGGUGGAAUCGGCGGUCAGGAAUGUCGCGGCCCAAUGCAACACUCCGAAGGAGCUGGAACAACUCGAGACAUUGCUAAAGGCGGUCACAGGAUACGUUAGCUCGGCAACGGUGGAAUCCGCUCGGGCGAUGGCUGCCGCCAAGCUGGACUGGUUCCAUUCGGCCGAAGGACUAAUUGUGGCCGAGUUUCUCGCGAGCUACAACAACAUCUGAGCCCAACCGGGAUUGCACAAC